CCGAGCGGGGCCGGAGGCCACGAGUUCCGUCGAAGUUCAGAGAUGGGGCAACUGAGGCCAGAGAGGGGACAGGGUCGCUCAGGAUCCUUCACUGCAAAGGCCCUGCCUGAGCUAGGCUCAAGCCACGCCCCCUAAGGGUGGACAUACAGGUUGUUCCUGCCAAACCACUGCCUCAGUUCCCUCGUGUGAACCCUUGGGAUCUGAUCAGCCACUGAAGUUAGUUCCUGGGUUGUCCUGAACGGUUUUUCUUCUGGGGACUUAGGCUGUUGCAGGGCUUCCCCCGUGGCUGGACAUUUAGGUUCUGACCGCAUCCCCUCAAGUUGAGCAUUUAGGUUGUUUCAGCCAACUUGGUACCAGGGAGCCCACAAUGGCCAGGCCCCUACUGUAACCCAGCCAUUGUGGGUUUCAUCCAAGUCCCCUGUAGUUUGAUCAUUUAGAUUGUCCCUGCCAACCCAUCCUGACUGGACAUUUACUAACCAAGCAGGUUCCUACAUUUGGAUAUGAGUAUCUGACUAGGUCAUUGAAGUUGCUUCUUAGGUUGCUGUGAAUGAUCUCAUCAGCAUCUAGAAUGAUUCAGGACUCCCCCUAUGUCUGGAUUUUUAGGUUCCAACUAAAUCUCCUCUAGUUGAGCAUUAAGGUUUUUCCAUCCAAGUCCCUUAGGUUGGACUCUUAGCUUGUCUUGGCCAGUCCCUCCUAGGUAGCAUUUAGGUUGAACAGGGUGGCGAGGCAGAUAGGUUCCAACCAAGUCCCCUAUGGGUGAAUGGUCAGGUUUUAAUAGCUCCUAAGUUGGACACUUAAAUGGCAGUGUUUUGCCAUUACACCUGGGCUCAAAAGGAAUUACAGAUCCGAACGCUGGGGUACUGCUGCCAGCUGGUUGGCGGAGUUCUGGUUGAACAGUGUCCUGCCAGGUCCGAAAUGGGCACACGCCUGCUGGUGGUGUCGGCCCAGCUCAGCCACUGCAGGACCGUCUUGAGACUCUUUGACGACCUGGCCAUGUUUGUCUACACCAAGCAGUACGGCCUGGGGUCAGAGGAGAAGGACGUCUUUGUCCGCUGGCUGUCUGUCCUGGGCAACGUAGCUGACCAGCUCUACUAUCCAUGCGAGCACGUGGCCUGGGCCGCUGACGCCAAGGUCCUCCGCAUGGACUCUGCCAGAUGGUGGACCCUGAGCACUGCCCUCUGGGGUUUCUCCCUGCUCCUGGGGGUUGCCAGGUCCCUGUGGACAGUGCUGAGGCUGAGGCAGAGGCUGAGGAGCCCCAUGGCCAACCUUACCAGUCGGCUGCCCCAGAGCAAGCAGAGGGCCAUCGAGGUGCGGAUGCAUUCGGAGGUGCUGACGCUCCUCAGCAACCUGGCUGACUUGGCCAACGCCGUGCACUGGCUGCCACCAGGUGUCCUGUGGGCCGGCCGCUUCCCCCCCUGGCUGGUGGGCCUCAUGGGCACCAUCUCCUCCCUGCUCAGCAUCUACCAGGCGGCCCAGGCUAGCGGCCAGCCUGAGGCUGCCAGCCCCUGACGUGGUGUGAGGAGCAGGUGGAUCCAGCUGGACCCGACGGAGGGCCCCUUCCCACAGAGCAACCGCCAGCCAGGGAAUGCGUCUGUGAUUGAGCAGCCCUGGCGCAGGUGCAUAGGUAGGGAGGGAAGGGGCUGGUAUGGGGACCCUCGAAUCCCAGCCAGGGCCUUGGUGGGAAAAACUCUUCUCGGAGGGCCAAAUGGGGAAGACCCCAGGACUCCCAAGCCAAGGCAGAGCUUGGAAAGGCCCUGUGUGGGCCUCUGCAGAGCCUUGUGUCUGCUGGCCGGGUCCUAUAAGCAAAUGAAGACAAGCAGGAGAGACACAUGCCAUGCUUCAAGUGGGACCUUGGGAAAGCUGGAACGAGAAUCAAUUAAACAUUCUGGUGCUGGUGCUCA